AUGGAUUCAGGAACAAAGCGACUGAAGGAGAAGAUCAAAGAGAAGCUGCCAGUGACUGGACCACAAGCAGCAAGCGCCUCCGAGUUGCUGCGAUGGUACUGCUACCACACCAACACUCAUGGCUGCCGUAGGAUUGUGGUAUCGAGAGGCCGGCUGCGCCGGGCAGUCUGGGUGAUCCUGACAUUCAGCACAGUGGGCAUCAUCUUCUGGCAGUGCGCCCUCCUCAUCAUUUCCUACUACACUGCCUCAGUCACCGUCACUGUUCAAUUUCAGGAAACCACCUUUCCUGCCGUCACCAUCUGCAACAUGAACCCAUACAGAUACAAUGCAACCAGACAUCUCUUUGAAAAACUGGACCGGGAGACUCUGAUUGCCAUCAAGGAGCUGUACCGCUUCACGGAUGGUUCCAAUAACAGCCAGGUGAAAGCUCUGCACAAGAUCACCAUGAACAGCCAAAAUGACAUCCUGUUCCACAGCAUUCCAUUGCUGCAGAUCAAGCUGGUCAACCAAGAGUAUAGCAUUGUGUCUGACCUCAUCACCAAGAGACAGUACAGGAUCAAUGGGACAGUGAAAACCAAGCCAAUUGAGGGCAUCAACACACAGACCCAAGCCAAAAUGGUUGGCUUCAAGCUAUGCGACAAAAACAAUGAUGAAAACUCCACCUGCACCAUCUACACAUUCAAUUCAGGCAUAACUGCCAUCCAGGAAUGGUACCGGCUGCACUACCUCAAUAUCAUGGCACAGGUGCCCCUUGAAACCAAACUGCAGAUGGGUUACUCCGCUGAUGACCUCAUAUUCAGCUGUCUGUUUGAUGGACUACCAUGUGAUUCAAGGAACUUCAGCCUAAUGCACCAUCCCCUCCAUGGAAACUGCUUCACUUUCAAUGGUGGAGAGAAUGGCAGUGUUCUCCGGACCAUCACUGGCGGUCAUGAAAAUGGCCUGAAGGUGACUCUACACCUGGAUGAGAACGAGUAUAGUCCAUAUCUGUUCACCUCAAUGGGAGCGAAAAUUGUCAUUCACGAUCAAAAUGAACAGCCCUUUGUUGAAGACAUGGGGAUUGAGAUACAGACAGCAACUGAGACAGCCAUGGGCCUUGACAUGACUGUACUGAAGAGGUUGAGCAGCCCAUACAGUGAUUGUACAGUGGACGGAGUUGAUGUGCCUGUGUCAAACCUCUAUAACAAGACCUAUUCAUUGCAGAUGUGUCUGCACUCAUGCUUUCAGAUGGAGAUGGUCCAUAUCUGUGGCUGCGCUCACUAUGAGAAGCCAUUGCCACCGGGAGCAGAAUACUGCGACUACACAAAGUACCCAGGAUGGAUUUCCUGCUAUUACAGACUGCACAACCAGUUUAUUCAGGAGCAGUUGGUUUGCCAGAAGACUUGUCGACCUGCCUGUCAUUCCAAGGAGUGGACAAUGACCGUCAGUGUAGCUCAGUGGCCUUCAUCACCAUCUGAGGAGUGGAUUCUUCGUCUUCUGAGCUGGGAAAAAGGGUUCCAUGGAAACAGAACAUUGAGAAAGGAUGAGUUAGCCAAUCUGGGCAUCUUCUACAAAGAUCUCAAUCAGAGGAACAUCUCUGAAACAGCCGCAAAUAAUGUUGUCACCUUACUCUCGAACUUUGGAGGCCAGCUGGGUCUGUGGAUGAGCUGUUCUGUAGUUUGCAUCAUUGAGAUUGUUGAAGUGUUCUUUUUUGAUAUGUUCUUGAUAAUCAUGCGGAAGGGUGUGCAAAUAGUCCGCAAGUGGUGGCAGAAGGAACAGGAGGAGCUGCCACCAACCAUCAGCAACGCAAUUCAUGGAGCUCCUUUCUACAUCAGUGAUGAAGACCCACCAACUUUCAACUCUGCCCUCCAGCUACCUCGUCCCCCUGUCCAAGACACACUUCCCCCCACUUACGAAACCUUGCGGAUACGCAACAGUUUCAUCCCAGUCACUUCCACUAUGGAGCCCUGCAGUCACUGA